AUGGCAACUUCUGGAAAAUCAUUUGGAAAACUUCUUGGCAAAAUCCUACGGAAAAAGCCUAAAAAAGAAAAGCAAAAACAUGCAGUCAGCGAAGAAGAAGAACUGAACUUUGGAAGCGACUCGGUCAAUGAUGACGAACCACUUGUUGACCAAGACCCACUUUCUGUGAUUGCAAAUCAAACGCAGGAGAAUGUUACCAUACUGAGAAUUGAUGGAGAAGAAAACUUAUUAUCAACGCAACUGACUGAAUGGGUCGGCGAUACGUUGAUUCUGAUAUAUGUAGUAGACAGUGCGAGUUUUGAUGAUGUCUACGACUCUAAGUUAAUGCAAUUGUGCAAACAGCUUCUGUCAGAAACACGAGCAAGCACUUUAAAAAGAAUCGAUCCAAACCGUAUAAUGUUUGUGUUCAAUAAUUGGGACCUUGUCGAUGAAAAAGAACCCUCCGAUACGGGUGCAGAGAAUACAGUCUGGAAAGAGAUUGUUACAAAGAUACAGACAUAUUUCCCGGGAAUUUUGGACGAUGAUCAGAUUUUCAAGCUUAGUACCAUUGAGGCUAGACAAUGCAGACGUUCGGAAAAUGUAAUGAUCGAUCGAUUGAAGAAAAUUCACGAAGGCCUGCGGAAAUCAGUAAUCGCGUGUCAGAGAAGACAACUGCAAGAACAUUACAGUUGGUUGGACGGCCUGUUACAACACGUUCGAAAACAUUCUUUAGUAAGAAUACAGUUUGCUAACGAUGCAAAAAGAUCCAACGACGAUGUGAAGCUUGCUUUUGGAAAGCUACAACGAUACACCGCAGAGUUAACAAAGAUGAAGACAGACCUAAAGAAGCGUGUAAACCCUCAAUGCACGGAGAUGGCGAUGAAGGUAACGCAGCAUUUGAAUAAAAGUAGCGUAAAAAGUGAUAUUAAGACUAGAUUCUAUGCUAAUGAAGAGUUGCGACGUCCAAAGUAUGAUAUAGCCAAUACCAAAGCUGGUGUGAAGAACCAUGUACUAAAACUGAUAUUGGAAGAAAUACAGAAAUGGGAUCAGAACUCUAAAUGUUACCAAUUCAUUGCGACAAUGAUACAUGAGGAAUUUGAAAAGAAAUUUCAUUCCCUGAGACAAGAAUUUGGAGACGUUGCACGACUAGUUAAGAUCGAGAACGAACCAGACGAAAAUUCAAAAGGUACUAGGUAA